AUGAGUUCAAAAGGUAUUAAGAUUGCAAUUGAUCGAGGAGGGACAUUCUGUGACGUGAUAGCCAAGAUUCCAGGUGAAGAAGACUACGUUUUCAAGCUUCUCUCUGUUGAUCCUCAAAACUACAACGAUGCACCUACUGAAGGUAUUCGUCGGGUGCUUGAAAAGGCAGAGGGCCGGUCCAUUCCUAAAGAAGAGAAGCUUCGCCUUGAGUCUAUUCACCUGAUCCGAAUGGGCACAACCGUUGCCACAAAUGCACUUUUGGAAAGAAAGGGUGCGCCUGUUUUAUUGGUCACAACAAAGGGUUUCGGUGAUAUCUUGGAGAUUGGCAACCAGACUCGCCCUGAUAUUUUUGAUUUGACAGCAAAAAAAUUAGGAAAGCUUUAUUCUCAAGUAUUGGAAAUCGACGAAAGAGUCACCGUCGAUAGUUUUAGUGAAGGCGGCGGGUCGAUGUUGCCUAACAAAACUGAUGACAAUGUCCUUCAAGGCAUCACCGGGGAACCUAUCCGAAUUCUCAAAUCGCCUGAUUAUAACGCCAUUCGUGCGCAGCUUCAAGAAAUCUGGAAUAAGGGCCAAAUCAAGCUGGUAGCAUUGAGUCUUAUGCAUGCCUACGCGUUUCCGGACCACGAAGCGAAGAUUGCAGACAUUGCCCGGGAUAUUGGUUUUGAAAUUCUGGUGUCCCAUCAAUUACAACCAAUGAUCGGCAUGUUAAACCGUACGCUGAGUACAGUUGCUGAUGCUUACUUGACCCCUGUGAUUAAUGAAUAUCUCCGGGGUUUUGGAAAGGGCUUCGAGGGAGGUUUGGAGGCUUUUGGAAAUAAGUUGUUGUUUAUGCAGUCUAAUGGCGGUUUGUGUCCAUGGUAUAAAUUCACGGGACUCAAAGCAAUCCUUCUGGGCCCUGCUGGCGGUAUGGUGGGGAUUGGCCACACUUGCUACGAUCAUGAGUCGGCAUUGGCUACUAUUGGAUUCGACGCAGGUGGGACAUCAACCGAUAUUUCACGUUAUCUGGGCUCACUCGAGCAUAUCUAUGAAACAGUUGUGAGCGAGGUCUCUUUGCAAACACCUCAACUUGACAUAUCAACCGUAGCUGCUGGUGGUGGGCUGAUGUUAUUCUGGAAAAACGGCAUGUUUGUGGUUGGACCGGAAUCGGCGGGUCUGGAUCCUGGUCCUGUCUGCUAUCGGAAAGGUGGACCUCUCACUGUGACUGACGCGAAUCUACUACUCGGGAAACUUAUUCCAGAGCACUUUCCUCUGAUAUUUGGUCCAAAUCACGAUCAACCUUUAGAUGUUGAAUUGACCAAACGGAAAUUCAAUGAGCUUACAGAAGAGAUCAAUCGUGACAAGGUGGGUCCAAAAUUGACGCCUGAACAAGUAGCUAAUGGUUUUCUUACGGUUGCAGUCGAACUGAUGGCCAGACCAAUUCGAACAAUAACGGAGGCAAAGGGCUACAGUACGAAUAAUCACAAUUUGGCCUGUUUUGGAGGGUCAGGUGGUCAAUUUUCGGUACCGCUCGCCAAAAAUUUGGGUAUCGCACAAGUUGCGGUACACAAAUACCUGUCGCUUUUAUCAGCAUAUGGCAUUCUCGUUGCUGAUAUUGUUAUUGAGAGACAAGUACCAGUGUCAAUUAUUUACACCAAAGGCAAUGCAACUAUUUCUUCCAAAAUCGAAGAACUUGUUGUCGAUGCCAACAACGAAUUUGAGGCGGAAAAUUUGUCGGGGUCUAAACAAACCAAUAUCUUAUUAAAUAUGCGCUAUGAAGGACUGGACACACAUUUGCUCAUUAACUAUGAUCCUGCCCAAGACCAGGCUGAGGCCUUUGUUGCUCGUCAUCGUCAAGAGUUUGGAUUUUCUUUGGAUCGCCGAGUUAUUGUGGAUGAUAUUCAAGUUUUGCUUGUUGCCACCGAAGUCGAAGAGGAAGUUAAAGAUCCAUUUGCUGAAUUACGCAAGAACCGGCAUCAUCUCAAACUGGUGGCUCCAACCGAAUGGACCAAGACAUAUUUUGACAACGCCUGGCACUCGACUGCUGUGCACAAAUUGCACAGUUUACCAAAGUACACCACAAUCCAGGGACCUGCCAUUCUUUUGGAUGAUACUCAAACCUUGGUUGUUGACCCGCAUGCAUCGGCGAUCGUUCUUGAAAGUCAUGUUCUCAUUGAAGUUGAAUCGAGUAAACCUCCUCCAUUGUCCCUGACGGAAGUAGAUCCCAUCCAAUUGCUGGUGUUUGGCCAUCGUUUCAUGCUGAUUGCUGAGCAAAUGGGGAAAACGCUUCAACAAACCGCCAUAUCUACAAAUAUCAAAGAACGCCUUGACUUCUCGUGCGCUUUAUUUGAUGUAAAUGGUGAUCUUGUUGCUAAUGCCCCUCACGUACCUAUUCACCUAGGGGCUAUGCUGUUUGCGGUUAAAGCACAAAUGGAAAUUUGGAAGGAUAAGUUAGAGCCCGGAGAUGUUUUAGUUACCAAUCACCCUGUUGCUGGUGGAUCCCAUUUGCCCGAUAUUACAGUCAUCACCCCCGUUUUGGACAACAACAAAAGGCCAGUUUUUUGGACUGCUCUGCGUGGCCAUCAUGCUGACAUUGGACUGAUCUCGGCAGGGUCUAUGCCACCGAACUCAAAAACUAUUUACGAUGAAGGUGCAGCAAUUAAAACACAUAAACUCUGUGUCAAAGGCGAGUUUGACGAAGCAGGGAUUACUCGAUUACUCGUGGAUGAGCCAGCAAAGCAACCGGGUGGACUGGGUACUCGCACUUUGAAAGAUAACAUCAGCGACUUGAAAGCACAAGUGUCGGCUAAUUUCAAGGGCAUUAGCUUGUUGCAAGCUCUCAUCGAAGAAUAUACCUAUGAUGUCAUCGCGUUGUAUAUGAGUGAAAUCCAAGCUACAGCUGAGCUACUGGUUCGAAACUUGCUCAAGUUGGCACAUAAAAAGUUUAGCGGGAAGCCUUUGGAAGCGAUCGAUUAUCUCGAUGACGGUACACCAAUCGCGCUCAGUAUCAACAUUGACCCUGAAACCGGAUCGGCAACAUUCGAUUUUACUAAUCUGGGAGAUGAAAUGUAUGGCAAUUUGAACGCACCGAAAGCCAUUUUAUAUUCAGCGGUAUUAUAUGUGUUACGGCUGCUUAUUUCUGAGGAUAUUCCGUUGAACAAUGGUUGUUUACGGCCAAUUACAUUUCUUACUAGAGACUGUCUGGUUGUUCUGCCGCUGGCUGAUGCUGCCGUGGUUGGUGGGAACGUGGAAACCACUCAACGUAUUGUCGACGUGAUGCUCAAGGCCUUCGAAGCUGCCGCUGCGUCUCAAGGUACUUGCAAUAACUUUACAUUUGGAAUCAACGAUGGAAAAGUGUCGUUUGGUUACUAUGAGACCAUUUGUGGUGGCCUGGGUGCUGGUCCAACAUGGCAUGGCCAAUCGGUCGUUCAAUGUCAUACUACCAAUACCAGAAUUACCGAUUCGGAAAUGUUCGAAAAGCGAUACCCUGUCGUGUUGCAUGAGUUUUCUGUUCGCCGCGGUUCCGGUGGUGAUGGCAAAUUUCAUGGUGGUGAUGGUGUGAUAAGGGAUAUCGAAUUUACUUACGACGGUCUCGAGGUUAGCUGUUUGAUGGAAAGAAGAGCUAUGGCUCCGUUCGGGCUUCUUGGAGGUAAAGAUGGUGCUCGCGGUCGCAACAUAUGGAAACGCAGGCUGCCCAAUGACCCUGAGAUAUGGCGUCAAUUCAAUCUAGGUGGGAAAUGUACCGUCAAGGUUAGUUCUGGUGACCGGGUUAUCAUCAUGACCCCUGGAGGUGGCGGGUUUGGGGAUGUUGAUGGAGAUGAUCAACCAAAAUUCGCCAUCAACCCUCUGCAACCUACACGUUUGACUGGGUCGGUUGCAAUGCGUUCUAUGCACCAAACCACCAACUAA